AGGACGGCAACGUUUCCACAAAAUCCCAACAGACACCAUUCCCAAGAUCAGAGAAACGACAAUGUUUCAAGAUUUUGACUGAAGCAUCUUCGUAAACCAACAACAACAGCUUGCCCGAAUAGUAAGUAACCGUAAAAUUGAGUCAGAAAAGUGAGAGGGAAAAUCAAAAGAUGAAGAAAAUAAGACAAAGUUUUGCUUCAUUUGAAAGUUUGGCUUUGGCUCCGUUUAUUGCCAUGUCCGUGUCAAUGUCCUUCUUACUUUCUUGCUUUGUUAACCUUUAAUGGCAAAGUUUUAGAGGAAAACACAAGAUAAAAGAAGUAGGUUCAUAGUGAAUUUGUUAUGUGGGGAACAGAAAGGACAAAGACUACUGUUUUUGUUCUGGGUUUUGUCUUCUGGAGAUCAUGAACUCAGCUCAAGUAAAAAGGUUUGAUGCCGUAAGCAUGGAGAAGACGCUUUCGCCUAAGAGCCCUUUGAUCUAUGAGAAAUACAAAUCUGGCUGUGCAUGGUGUUUGAUUGGUUUGUGUGACUUUAGCCAAGGACAUACCAACAAGGAACCUAUUUCUAAUCGAGGAAGAUCCAAUUCAACAAAUGUUGUGGAUUUAAGAAGGAAAGGAGAGAUGGCUACCAGUGGAAAGAAUGGCUUAGCAAAGAAUCAUAGAAGAAAGGCAAACAAGACUUUUCAGAAGCAUGGUUGCAAGGACAUCUCAACUGUGGUACAUACACAACCUUCUUGUGAAAAUUCAGUGGGCACAUCUUCAGAAAGGUUUGAUGGAGCAGAAUUGACUGAAACAUCCUGCAAUCUUGUGCCUCCUAAAAGGGGAAAAGUUAGCAGUAGAAGAGGCAGUUCUCAGAAGAAUAACCAGCUUAGUGAGAUCAAUUUGCAAGUUCAGAUGAGUGAGGCAGCUCAAGCAUUUAUAAAUCAGAAGAUCAUCAAAGGAAAGUCCCAUGGCAGCGAUUGGGCAAGCAACCAGUCUAGGCAUUUCUUGGAUGCAUUGGAGAUAUUGAAUUCCAAUAAGGAAUUGUUUAUAAAGCUGCUACAUGAUCCCGAUUCUCUGCUAGUGAAACAUAUCCAAGAUUUGCGUGAUUCUCAGGUGAAAGAUCAGGAGACUAAAUUGUCAGAAACUUGUGAUAGAUACCCUUCUAACGGAAGUGUUGAUCCUCUACCUUCUAAUAGAAGUUUACUUCUGAAGUCUGGCAGCUCUGGCUCAACAAACAUGCAAAACAGUGCAGGUGAAAUAAGAGAUUUCUCUUCUCCAGGGUCGCUUUAUAGCUUGGGACAUAGAGCACAGAGUGGUAAACCUGCAUAUUUUACCUUUGAACAUAUGAAAAAGAAGUUGAGACAUGCAAUUGGGUUAAGCAGGAAAGAGAAACCCUUGUUGUCAACUGUUACAUCACAUAAAUCAUCUAGGGACAAUCAGAGUUCGGGAGAUGGCAAUAAAGAAAAUAAUUUGGGGAUUAUAAGAAGCAACUCACCCCAUAAAAUCUAUCUUGGUUCUGUUGACAGCAAAGAGAGUGACAAAGUGGGACCUAGCCAUGAAAGCUCAAAUUUGUUUAUUGUCAGGCAUCCUAAACAAACCGAAUUGAAUAUACGUAUGGAGUCUAGGAAACAUGUCCCUGAGGUUUUAAGGAACAGAAAUGAGGUUCUUUUAAGAAAACAGUUGCCAAGAACCCUGGAGAGGAUUAUUUCUUUGCCUGAGUACUUCUCUGCACUGAGUCCUGCAAGACAUUUGGAACCUGGCUCUAUUGCUGCACAAAUGAGAUAUCCUCCUUUUAGCAAUUACCAAAUGGUCACUGAGAAGAGAAAGAUGCUUCAGGGAGAAAAUAAAAACAGCCACUUAAGUUCACUCAAGCAGAUCGCGAGGGUUGAAUCAAAGGCUGAUAACAAGAGGCUCACCAACCAAUCACAAGCCUGUGAUACAAAGUCUAAUCACUCUCAAAAUCAUUUAGCUGAUAUCAAAUUUCAUGAAAAUGUAUCUUCUGUAGGAUACACUUUGAGUACUAUAGGUUCUAUGAAGGUUGUAGAAACAUAUAAUACUAUAAGAGCAAGAGAAAUUAGUUCUUUGGGAGCCUUAGAACCAAAUGAGCCAAAUCAUACUAGUGCAAAUCAGAAUGCCGUUAUAGCUGACACAGUUGAAGCAAGCAGUCUGCGGUGCUCAAAAUUGCCUGCAGACAGUUGUAUGUCAACAUCUCCGGAAGAUGUUUUUAGUUCAAGUCCCUUGAGCACUAAGAGUUCAGAAAAUUCUGCUGCUACGAAAGAUGAAGCAGAGCUUCGAAGUCCAGUAUCUGUUAUUGAGAAAUUUGUUGAAGAUAUCACUAGCCCUCCAAGCAUCAUAUCUCAAACAGCUGCUGAGCUAGCAGUUGAGCCAAGACAUAUUAAUUACAAAGAUCAAUGUUCUGCUGCCGCCGUGAUGUCUCCUGUGGAUCUGAAUAAACACUCAAGCAAUGUGAUGAAUGACCAUGAACCCUUGUGCAAGUAUAUGAGGGCAGUGUUGGAAGCUUCUCAUUUAAAUUGGGAUAAACUUUUACUAAUGUGCCAUUCAUCAGAUCAACUUCUUGAAUCUUCAUUGUUUGAUCAAGUGGAGGUAUUGCCCAACCAAUCAUGUGGUCAUCGUAUGCUUCUCUUUGACUACAUUAAUGAAGUCCUUGAAGAGUUAUGCCACAGUUAUUUCUGUUGCUCCCCCCGGCUAUCAUUUGCUGAAAAAAUCCAACCAGCAAAAGAUAUGGUUUAUGAGAUGAUGAAACGUGUCGACUGGAACCUCCUCAGGCAGCAGUCUUCUCCAACAUUGGAUCAACUUUUUGAAAAGGACUUGGCAAGACCUGCAAUAUGGAUGAAUAUUCAAAUUGAGGCUGAAGAUACGGUUAAUGAAAUGGUAGAAAGUCUGUUAGAAGAACUGACAAUGGAAACUGCAAUCCAGCUGAGCAUUUGAAGCCUUACAUUUUGCUCUAUGAGCUUUUCAUCUAACUUGCACAGAGUUCUGUGAUUUAAAAAGAGCCAACUUGUAUGGGGUAACACAGGUUUCCUUAUACUUGAAAUGCAGCAGCCUAUCUCUGUCUAUGAGUUAAAGGAGGCUGCUCAUGGUUCAUCAAAAAGUAUUUGCAGCUAGAGGUUCGUGUAGUUAAAAUAAAUUACACCACCCAUCAAUUGUAGAUGUUAUAUGGUUCUUCCAAAUAUUAUCUUCGAAAUGGAACAGCUGGCAAAUCUCCAGCUGAUUCUACCAGAUAGAAGUGGAAGAACAUGUUAGCGAGCUCUGGAAGAACAUUGAAGGAUAGUUGUGCAAGCUUUGCUUCCACAUUACUUCUGAUAUUACAAGCCAUCACUUUACCUCUACAUGUAUAACAAAAGACUGCACUUUUUGCAAGUAAAAUCCAUAUUCUUGCCACUGA